AUGCCUGGUAUCGUUCAGCGAGGUCGAAAACGACCAUCGCGCGCGGUCAGCGAAGAUGAAGACGAAGAAUCUUCUGCCUCCUCCUCUCCACCGUCGUCCGCUAGUAAACGCGCACGCUACGAACAGAACGCGCCCAACGGCUCCCUCCGAGCAAAUGGCCACCGGAAUGGCUCGACCGCACACGCUCAGGACGAUUUCAAACCGGGAUCGCUUGUCAGAGUGAAGCUCACAAACUUCGUCACAUACACGGCUGCCGAGUUUCAUUUGGGACCAAGCCUGAACAUGAUCAUCGGUCCGAACGGUACAGGAAAGAGCACCUUGGUCUGCGCAAUCUGCUUGGGUCUAGGAUGGAAUAGUGAGCAUCUGGGCAGGGCUAAAGAGCUGGGCCAAUUCGUCAAACACGGCGCGACAGAAGCCGUCAUUGAGAUCGAGCUUGCAACGGGUUCUGGCAAAGGCCCAAAUCGAAUAGUCAAGCGCCUCAUUCGUAAAGAAGACAACAAGUCUGUCUUUUUCCUAGAGGAUAGGCGCGUCACCCAGAAAGAUGUCGUAGCGAUGGCCAAAGGAUACUCCAUUCAAAUCGACAAUCUGUGCCAGUUCUUGCCGCAGGACCGUGUUGUUGCAUUCUCCAUGAUGAGCGACGUCGAUCGUCUACGAGAAACUCAGCGCGCUGCAGCGCCUCCUUACAUGGUAGAGUGGCAUGAUCAGCUAAAGGCCCUGCGUGUAAGCGAGCGAUCGAAGGAGGAUGAGCAGAGCAAGCAACGCGAGAGUCUUGAGAAGUCGGAAAAACAACAGACCUCAUUAAGAGGCGAUGUGGACCGUCACCACCAGCGCGAAAAUCUACAGCGAGAAGCAAAAUGUCUAGAGAUGGUCAGGCCUAUGAUCGAGAUGAAGGACCUCAAGACAAACAUUAACAAUAUCAAGACGGAAAUCCGAGAAGCAAGACUGGAGCUCGAUCAGAUCAACGUCGACAUAGAGCCAGCGCGUCAAGCUCAGUCGGCAGUUGAAGCAUAUCAGGAUCAAAUACAGCAGGUUGUGCGCCUUCGCAAGAACCGCGUUGAUAUGAUCAAGACUCAAGCCGACAACAUUGCGAGAAAGGUCGACGCUGAAAAGACAAAGGCAGCAGAGUCUACGGCGAUGAUUAGUGCUGAACUAGCAUCGAAGAAGACGAGCGAGCAGGACAUGGUCCGCCUAAAUCAUGAGAUCGUCAAGCUGAAGCAACAGCAAAACAGUGAGCCCGAGCAUUACGACGCCGAGUCUUAUGAGCAACGCAAGGCGGCUCUACGUAAUGAGAUAUCAACUAGGGCGGGCCUUGUCGUGGAAAAGGAAAACAUAUUACUCGAUAUGAGGAACCGUCGCGUGCCUGACAUCUCGAGGCAGAAUGAAAAGCUGAAAGCAGACCGCGCAAGGCUGAGUACCCAAAGCGGGAAACAGGCCAGUCUCUUACAGAAACUUUCUCACGACACAGCUGCUGCAUGGGACUGGGUUCAGAAGCACAAAGACUCUCUAGAUCUGAGAGGUAAAGUAUUCGGUCCGCCGAUCCUAGAAUGUUCCGUCAUAGACCCUAGGUAUGCUCAAGCCGUCGAAGGGCAGUUGAGAAGGGGUGAUGUCGUUGCCAUUACCUGUACCCACAAAGAUGAUCAAAAGCUACUCAUGAACAAACUCCUAACUAAAAAAGACAACGGCGGGCAAGGACUUCACGACGUCCAUCUUCGAACAUCGCCGAAGCCUCUCUCUGCGUAUCAAAAGCCCGUCUCUGAAGCAGAACUGACUCGUUACGGAUUCGAGGGAUAUAUGUUAGAUUACCUUCAAGGGCCGGAUGAAGUCUUGGCAAUGCUUUGCGACAACAACAGAUUACACCAGAUUGCCUAUGCUGCGAACCCAAUCUCGGACGAGCAACACGAGGCUGUAACAAACAGCCCGAUUCACAGCUGGGUCAGUGGUGUGCUCACGAAUCGCGUUGUUCGACGUUACGGCCAAGCUUCGACUUCCGUCACAAAACUUAGACCGGCACAAUUCUUCGUUGACCAGCCAGCCAACGCGGAUGAAAUGCGGGAGCUUGACCAAAAGCAACGGGAGCUAGUGCGAACAAAACAAGAGCUGCAAGAGGAAAACGCUGUAGUCAAGAAUGAAAUGAAGACCCUCAACGAGGAGAUUGCAGAAUUUAGACAAGAAAUGGAAAUCGUCCAAGCUGAGCAAAAUGGCAUCAGGAAAGCUUUGGCCGAAUGGGAAGCCCUUCCUGGAAAGAUUGCAAUGAAACAAACGGACCUGGACAGCCAUAAACAGAAGAUUGCGGAAACGGCCGACCGCAUUCGAGCAAUCAAAGCCGACGCUCGUGUCGCAUCACUGAAGGCGGCUAGUCUGACGCUCGAAUAUGCUAAAGCUGUCACACAGAUGAGAGCAUUUCAUGAAUCGCACGUGGAGGCUGAGAUUAGAUUCAUUGAAGCCAAGUCUGAACUCAGGGGCUUGAUACAGGAGAACAGCGAAAUACUGCAGAAACAGCAAGCACAACAGGCCAGGAUCGCUGAGCUUGAUCAGCGCCAUCAGGCCCUUCGGCGUGACUACAGGAGGAUUUUCAACGUCACGCAGGAAGAGAUUAGCACCUGCACCGAGGAGGAGAAUCGGAUGAUACUCGCAUACAAAGAAUCUAUCCCCAGCAUCGAUGACUUGGACAUAGAGAUACAGUCUGUCACUGCGCGAUUGGGAAUGAUGGCUGAAGGCAAUCCUGGGGCGAUCAAAGCUUACGAGAAGCGCGAAGAGGAAAUCAGAACAGCACGAAUCAAGCUGGACGAGUACGCCCGUGAUCUCGAGCAAAUCCAGGAUGAGAUCAACGAGAUCCGCGGCAAGUGGGAACCUGAGCUCGACCGUCUUGUUCGCAAAAUCAGCGCAGCCUUCGCGCAACAGUUUGAGAUGAUCGGAUGCGCAGGAGACGUCCAGGUGAACAAACACGAAGCAGAUUUUGACAAAUGGUCCAUCCAGAUCUCCGUCCGCUUCCGAGAAAAUGAGAGUCUCAGCGUCCUAGACUCCCACCGCCAAUCCGGUGGCGAGCGCUCCGUCUCAACCGUCUUCUACCUCAUGGCGCUACAAGACCUCGCCCAAUCGCCCUUCCGCGUCGUCGACGAAAUCAAUCAGGGUAUGGAUCCUCGCAACGAACGUAUGGUACAUGGGCGCAUGGUGGAUAUUGCGUGCCAGGAGAACACGAGUCAAUACUUUCUUGUGACACCCAAACUUCUGCCUGGUCUCAAGUAUCACGAGAAGAUGAAGGUGCAUAUCAUCAACUCUGGAGAACAUGUCCCGGUUGCAACAGGAAAAACGGGUGAGUGGAAUUUGUCAAGUAUGGCAGAGAUCGCCCUGGCAGUUCGGCGGAGCGUUGCUGUCGCUUGA